AUGUUGGAUGAUAACAGUUACGUGUCUAGGCACCGAACAUGCGAGGAUGUAGUUAUUGUCAUAGAUAUAUUUUGGACUCAUCCUGAUUCCAUAAAGUUGUUCAACAUGUUUCCUAUUGUGCUCAUACUUGAUUCAACCUACAAGACCAACAAGUAUAGACUUCCAUUAUUGGAGAUGAGUGAAAAAGAGGAGAAUGUUACUUGGGCCUUAGAGGUGUGUCGGACAUUGUUGAAGGACCAAGGUGAGAUGCCUAAAGUGAUUGUUAUCAGUGAUAACGCCUUGAUGAAUUCGGUUGCAAAGGUAUUUCCUACUUCUAAUGCAUUACUUUAUAGGUAUCACAUGACAAAGAAUGUGAGAAGCCGGGUUAAACCCGCGGUGAAGGAGAAAAUUGUUUUUGCAUGGACUGAUAAGGUUAGACACCUUGGAAAUACAACAACUAACAGAGUUGAGUCUGCCCAUGCUACUUUGAAAAAUUGGUUGGAAAAUAGUAAGAAUGAUUUGUGUAGAGAUUGGGACUCCAUGAACCAAAUGAUUCAAAAUCAGUAUAAUGAGAUACAAACAUCAUUUGGUUGGAGCAUCAUAGUUUUUCAACACGGAUUUAAAAACAACAAUCUUUAUUCUCAGUUGGUCGACAACAUAUCUCGAGCGGGUUUGAAUUAUAUUUGUCACGAGGCUAAACGAGCGGAUAAUGUAAGCUUCGAUAGCGCAAAGUGUGGAGGCAUAAUUGUGAAAACACAUGGUCUCUCAUGUGCUUGUGUUAUUGCAAAAAAAGAUGAAACUUGGUAG